ACCGUCCCCGAUUGGACUGGCGCAUAACUUACAUAAUGUGAGAAGCAGGGCCGAGGUGCCGUCGCUUUCUUCGGGUGGACCAUGUCACUGGUGCAGGGGUGCAGCCGGCUGCUGGUGCGGGCACAUCGGACCCUCCCACCACUGAGCCGGACGUUUGCUUCCGACUCGGGGCUGUACGAGCCAGAAGGCAUCAAGGAGCCAUGGAUCCCAGAGUACCGGCCCAGGGCGGACGAGCACAUGGAGACCAAGCGCUCCAGGCUGCUCUACCAGUCGCGGAAGCGGGGCAUGCUGGAGAACGGCCUCGUGCUGAGCACCUUCGCCAGCCGCUACCUGGCCGGCAUGACCGGGCCGCAGCUGGAUGACUACGACAAGCUCAUCAACCAGCCCUCAAACGACUGGGAUAUCUACUACUGGGCCACAGGCGUGCGGGAAACACCCAAGGAGUUCGACAGCGAGAUCAUGAAGAUGCUGAAGGAGUUCGUCCGGAACAAAGACAGGGAGAGCAGGAUAGCGCAGCCUGAUCUCUACGAGAAGCCGGAGUAGACUUCCCGACGUCGUGGCCCCGGCGCCGCUGUUGGAUUGUUACUAGAUGUCGCUGUGCGAAGGUGAUGGUCCGAAAUGGUGGAACGCCUUCUGCCGGAUUGGAGAUGGAUUUUUUGGAUGGCUGUUCAGCCAAACGCUAGGAGUGCAUUUGUAGUUGGUAAGUGCAAUGUGUAAUGUUCUGUACCGAAUGUUUGAUUUGUGAUGCGAAGUGCUCUGAUCGGUGCUCAGAACCAGAAUGUUGUAAAUACAAGUUGAAACUAGCGA